AUGUAUUUGUUUAAAAAAGCAAAAGACUCAAUCGUAAAUUCCUUGCAAUAUGACAAAUCAUCUCCUUUGAUAAAAUUAAAUUAUGUUUGUAAGUGUAUUCUUAAAAUAUCCUUUGUGCUGUCCUUCGCUUUGUCUAGUAUAGCUUUCUCAACUUCAUUACUUGGUGGAAAUUUGAUAAAUAAAGGUUUACUACAAUCCUUUGCAAUAACAUCUUUGCUAUUGUGUCUUUUAUCUUUUAUCAUUCUCAAGAGAAAAAAUGGAACGCAUAUUUUGUCAAAAAUUAAAAUGUACCCUUUCUCCGUCAAGGAUUUAAUUGACGUAUCCUUAACCACAGGAACAGUUACUAUAUCGGUUCUGGAUAUACUCUUGUGCUAUCUAUAUCUUACCGUUGCACUUUUUAUUUUUUUAACAGCAAUAAUUUCUUUAUUCGAGUGUCUAGACAACCCAUACAUGAAGGACAACGAAAACAUUAACUCUUUCAGCUUACAAUUUAUUUCCGUUAUGUAUAUAGGCUUAUACACAAUUUCACAGAUUUCCCUCUUCAAAUCUAUGCCUUAUCAUCCUCUGGAAUACUUAGGGUACAUAAUAAAAAACAUCAUUGAGGAUAUAGUAUGCUUCUUGAAAAAAUUGUGGACAUACGUAUUUUAA